AUGUCGUCCAUUCCCUCGAUCCACGGCCACAGCGCGGCUUGCUGCAACAUCCCCCCCAUUGUGACGGAUGGAUACAAGGCCCAAGGAACAUACGAAACCAUCGGCGGCAAGAAGACCUAUACCGUUGGCCCCGAUGAUGCCACCAAGGCCAUCGUCUACAUCUUUGACAUCUUCGGCUUCAAGAACCAGUCCAUCCAGGGUGCCGAUAUCAUUUCCAGCAGCGAUCACCACAACAACUACAAGGUGUUCAUUCCGGACUGGUUCGACGGCGAGCCGUGCUCUCUCUCCAUCUUCCCCCCCGACACAAAGGAAAAGAAAGAGGCGCUCGGCGCUUUCCUGACGAAGAACGCCCCGCCCAAGAACGUCGAGCCUCUACUGGCCUUUGUCAAGGUGCUGAAGGAGAAGUACCCGACCAUCAAGUCGUACGGCGUGGUCGGCUUCUGUUGGGGUGGCAAGGUUGUCUCCCUCGUCACGUCCAGCGAUGAGAACCCGUUCGCCGUCGGCGCUGAGGUGCAUCCGGCCAUGGUCGACCCCUCGGAUGCGACCAAGAUCAAGGUGCCGCUGAUCAUGCUGGCUUCCAAAGACGAGAACGCCAAGGACGUGGCCGACUUCGAGAGCAAGCUGACCGGACCGCACCACGUCGAGACCUUUGCUGACCAGAUCCACGGCUGGAUGGCCGCCCGGGCCGAUCUGUCUAUCGAGCGCAACAAGGCCGAAUAUUCGCGUGGCUACAAGCUCCUGGUUGAAUUCUAUGGCAAACACCUGAACUAG